UUUCUUCUUUCCCUGCAGUUACACCAAGGGGGUGGACAUGUGGAGCAUCGGCUGCAUCUUGGGGGAGAUGCUCCUGGGGAAGCCUCUGUUCCCAGGGACAUCGACCGUCAAUCAGAUAGAGCAGAUCCUGCAUGUUAUUCCUCCCCCCAGCGCAGGAGAUAUAGAGGCCUUCCAUUCUGACUACCAAGCCUCCGUUAUCAACCGUGUGAGCUGCCAGCCCCAGCUGACUCUGGAGGAGCUCUUGCCUGCCUCCACCCCUCCCCAGGCCCUGGACCUUCUGAAGCGGCUCUUGGUGUUCAACCCCGAGAAGCGGCUGACGGCAGAGGAGGCCCUGGAGCACCCGUAUGUGCAAAGGUUCCACUGUGCUGCCAAAGAGCCUGCUCUCAACCACAGUGUGACCCUUCCUCUUGCUGAUGACGUGCAGCUCUCGGUGGCCGAGUAUCGCAAUCAGGUUUAUGAGUUGAUCUUGGAAUGGAAGGCCAGCAGCCAAGCACAGAAGCAGCAGCCCCUCCAUCGAGAUCAUCUUCCGUCUGGUUCCUCGGAGGCCAGUUCCCCUGUCGGAGCCCACUGCCCGAUGCAGGGAAGGACACAGCCUCUUCCAUCCCAUGGGUCUACUCCACCUCUUGCAGCAGCUUCCCAGCAGAGAGCAAAUGAGGCAAGAAACCCUUGCCCAAAGCCAAAGUUGAGCUCCACCGUCUGCAGUCCUACAGCUAAUGUAGCUGCCCAAAAUUUCCUGCCUGCUGGCAACGUGGCGAUGGGUCCGCCUCCCUCAGGACUUCGGCAGCAUCGGAGAGCAGCAGGCACAUCCGCUCUUUGGGACCAGGUGCCGAAGGGGCCAGGGGCGGCAGGCCAGGCCACGUCCCCCUUCAAGCCUCUUUCCUUGCUCAGCCAGGCUCAGGAAGCAGCCCUCCACCAGCAUCUGAUGAGGAAGGGGGCUGUUCCCAGCAGGGCUGCCGCUGGGCUGCUGCAAUACCCGCUUUGACCACAGGAGGGCACAGUUUUCUGUCCCAUAGCAUUAGCACUGAGGCGCUCGUAUGCCUUUUGCCAGGAUCGGGAGACCGAGAAGCGAAGCCCCAAAGCGCAGAGCGUCAGCCAAAGCAUUGCCGCUCUAUGCUCCUCCGAAAGGGACGAGCCGCUUCCGUUGGCCACCUCCGAAUUCGCCGCCAGCUCGUUCCUCUCAAAUCAUCUCCGAAAGACCUUCUUGGCAUGGUGGACUUCCCAUCCGUUGACCACGACCGUCCCCCAGUACGUUUGGAAAUGAUCUCGUCAUAGCCGACUUCUUGUCUGUUGAUAUCGGCCAUCCUCCAGGCCCUUUGAAAAAGGACCUUUCCAUCAUGGCUGAGUUCUGGUCCAUUCUUCUUAAUCAUUCCUCCAGCUCCCUUUCACAGAGACCUUUUCAGCAUGGCGGACUUCCCGUGCGACCAAAUUAGCUGUCCCCCAGUGCAUUUUGAAACGACCUUCCCAUCAUGGCCAACUUCUUUAUUUUUUUCGGCGACCGCAGUACCCGUUUUUGACCACAGGAGGGCACAAUUUUCCGUCCGGUAGCAUGACCACCGACGACGACGAGACGAGUUCCUGUCCAUCCGCCGAGGCCGUCC